AUGAGACGGCAAAUGUACACGAGGGAGGAACUCAUUGCGCUGCGCGAGGCGCUGGCACUAGACACUUUUGCGGAUCCCGUGCCGCUGGACUGCCCAAUGCGCACCGACAGUGACCUGACGCUGCAUCAGACAACAGUACGGAAACGCAAUAAGGAAGAUUGGAAGGUAAUGUCAUUUUCGAAAAGAAUAUCUGCUUUUAACGGAACAAUUGGGGAGAAUAAUGUCACGACACGACCCGACAUCCACCGAGCGAAUUUUGGGGAGGCAUCAAUCACGCUGUGCAGGUCAAAUAGGACUGAGGAAUAUACGGAUUGUGAUGAUUGCGGCUGCAAGGUGAUUAUGCCGCCUCGACUCCAGAUACCCUUUGUUACCAUAGAUCCCAUGCGCAGACAUUAUAAUACAUCUUCUAGAGACUACAAGAAGAAGGCUGAGGUGAAUAUCGAUAUGGAGCGGAAUAUGGUGGCUCGGCUGCGAUUACGGCAGCAACGGCAGCCAACAAAAAAAAAUCCCACUGAAUAUAGAGAAAAGCAGUCACGGUACAAAGAGGUCCCUGAUAGCUGUAUGGUUUUUGCCACGUCAUCGCCGCCAAAAACAGAAGAUGCAUCGCGCGGUGCCUUUGUACAUAUUACGCAAAUGAUAGGGUUGGGAUCUAGUACAGUACCGCAACAGGAAGUGGGCAGCGCCGUGUCCAUUUCAAAUGUUUCUCUCUUCAAUUCAAUGCUUGGGAGUCGUUACUUGGGGUUCACACGUUCCAUGGGACUGUGGCAUUAUCUCUCCAAAACAUUUGAUGGGAAGUACCUACAUGUUUUAGAAGAGACUGCAGACACGGGGCCGAGCAACGGCGCUAUCAACAACAAUCCCAUCGGCCGUCAUCACAACGGAAAUGAGAGUUCAAUCGGACCUGACGACUCCGGCACGACACCUGCGGGAGAGGAAAAGAGUGGGAGUGAGCAGGUGGAAGAGACACACGGGAAUUAUGAAGUUUUGAAGCAAAGGCGACCCCAUCGGAGGCGGACAAAUCGAACGCAUGCGGAAAAGCGAGUGAACCGUCAACUAAAGGAAUUUUUUUCGGAAAUGAAAACCAGCGGUGAGGAUUGUGGGUGA